AUCAUGUUGUUAUAUAAUUGAUAUUUUUUUAAGCUAUUCAACUAUGACUAGCUACUAAUCUGAUGGCAUUGAAUGCGAUUUUUACUAUGUUGCAAGCCAUGAAGGAUAAGAUUCAAAACAAAUAUAUCUAGUUUUACAUUCUCUUUAGUAUAAAUAGUGAAGCGAUCGGUACAAAUUCUUUUUUUUCAACUUGCGUUUAUCUUGAAUCACACGCGUAAUAUAGCGAAGAAUCAACGUCAUGACUGUACCAAAAUUUGGAGAUGAACAACAAAAACCUGCGGUAGUGACAGAUGAUUCGAAUUCAGUUGAUAAGCCAAAUUUGAAAGGAGAUUGGUUGAAUUUUUUCCUAUUGAUGUUACUGUACACGAUGCAAGGCAUACCAUUAGGUAUAGCGUCAGCAAUGCCGAUAAUUUUGCAAAGCAACAAGAAUGUUACUUACAAAGAUCAAGCUUUAUUUAGCUUAGUAGCAUGGCCGUUUAGCUUAAAACUGAUAUGGGCCCCUUUGGUAGAUGCUCUCUACGUGCAAAAGAUGGGAAGACGAAAAUCUUGGCUUAUACCGGUUCAAUAUUUAAUGGGAGCAUGUUUCAUUUAUAUGGCUAGUAACAUCGAUGAAUGGUUGCCAGAAACACAAAAACCGGAUAUACUGAAAUUAGUAUCCGUAUUUUUCUUCGCGAAAAUCUUGGCUGCCACACAAGAUAUAGUCGUCGAUGGUUGGGCGUUAACAAUGUUGAAGAAGAAUAAUGUGGGCUAUGCGUCUACUUGCAAUGCAACGGGCCAAGUGAUGGGUAUAAUGUUAAGUUCUGUAUUUUCUGUCUUGUUAACGUCAGAAGACUUUAGCAACAAGUACUUACGGAUUAAGCCAGAUGUCGGAGGAGUGUUCACCAUGAAGAGUUUAUUCUAUGUGUGGGGUAUUCUAUUUAUAUUAAUAACGUCAUUGAUUGCAAUUUUUAAAAAAGAAAAAGAUAACAGACUAGAGGAUGACCACGUAAAGCUCAACAUUGUUCAAAAUUAUUCACUACUAUGGGACAUUUUAAAAUUACCAAAUAUUCAAUUAUUGGCAAUAUCAUUGUUGACAGCUAAGAUUGGAUUUGCUGCAACUGACAGUGUGUCGAUAUUAAGACUCAUUGAUGCGGGAGUACCGAAAGACAAUAUUAUGGUUAUACACACAACCAUGUUUGCUGUAAAGAUUAUUUUGCCACUUAUAAUAGCAAAAUACACUUCUGGUCCGAAACCGAUGAACGUAUACCUAUCAGCAAUACCCGUCAGAUUACUUUGGAAUAUUUCAUUUGUGGCAUUUAUUUAUUAUACACCAGUAAUGAUAACAAUGAUUAAUGGGUUUGUUAAUAUUCCAAUAUAUUACUAUGCACUUUUAGUAUUUAUACUAUCAAUACACGAUAUUCUAGCGAACAUAAUGACUGUAGCUAUAUUGGCAUUUUUCUCUCGAAUAAGUGAUUCUCGUUUUGGUGGUACUUAUAUGACAUUAUUGAAUACACUUUCAAAUUUGGGACAUGCAUGGUCGUCUUCAGUUGCUAUUGGAAUGAUAGAUUUUCUAACAUUUAAAGAAUGUUCAUUAGAUCGCAAGAAUAAUUGUUCUACCUUAAAUCUGAAAAACGUGUGCGAAACAAAUGGAGGUGAUUGUAAUGUUGUAGUGAACGGUUAUUACGUAGAAACAGCCGUAUGUACCGUGAUCGGAAUCGUUUGGUUUUUUAUUUUCAGAAUUAUCCUUAAGAACAUUCAAACUAAGGAUUCUUCUCAUUGGUUGGUCAACAUAAAAAAACCUACCUGCAAGGAAAAUAAAACAAGUGUAAAUUAAUCAUCUAUGUUCACUCUUAAAGUCAUAAUGAGUGAAUAUUUCGAAUGUAUAAAAAUGUAUUGUAAUUUAUUUAUUUUUAUUUAUUAUUUUAGUACUAUGUAUCGAUAAUUGUUAUUAGGUUUUCUAUUGAGAAUUUAAAUUAUAAUGUUAUAGUAAUGGUUAUCAGUUAUCACUUAUUCAUUUUAUUUUAUGUGAAAUUGUACCAUAUUUCCUAUAUACUAGUUUGGUAAAAAUAAAGUUAAUCAUUGUAAAUUUAACCAUGACGAAAUCAAAAAAAGUUUUAACAGACAUUUAUUAUGAACAGACUAGAUUUGUACUCAAAUACAGCUGAUGAACAAAUAUUUAACAUUUCUUAUGAUAUUGGUCACCUCAAACGCCUAAAGAUGUUCGAUAGAGAUACUACUUUAAACGUACAUUAUGUAUUAUUAUUUGAAAUUAUACAGGUAUUGUGUAUUGUACUUAUAAUUACUUCAGAUUAUUUCAAUA